AUGAAGCCGCCACAUCUGACGGACAAGCAGUGGCGGAUGGAGCUGCUGGACAAGCUGGAGAUCGAGGCGAAAAUCAAAGAUGGCGCGGAAAACAUGCUGCAGGUGCUGGACAAGAAGGAGAAGUCCAAGACGGACACUACUCGGGAGGGAAUGCGGUCGCGGGUGGAGAGUGAGCUCAAUGCCAGUGUGGCUCGGAUAGCGCUUUUGAACGAACAAUUGCGCGAGGUUCCGGUCGGCCAUGAUGUGCCGAUACGGGGUAUUCAUCAGCAAAAUCACAUUCACACCAACAACCACAUGAAUGGAGGAGGAGACGGCAUGGAUACAGACGACACCAACAAUGAGAGCCCGUCGUGGCUCAUCAGCAACAUUGUGCAGGCGUUGGACGACCCGGCGGUCAAUGCCGACGACCUCGUGACCAAGUGCAACGAGCUGGUGAGGGUCUUCACAAGAUACCCCCUGCAAAAGUACGAUCUGGUCUUGUCGCAUGUGGGCGACCGGAUACAGCGGCUGCUGUUACACAAACGCACAGAGGUGGUGGCGGCAGGGUACAGAGUGGCACGUCAUGCUCUCACGGACAUUUACUCGUUGAAGACAGCCCGGGGGUUUCAGACAGAUCUGUUUGUGAUUCGCAGUUUGGCACGGGACAACAGGUGUCAUUUUGAGCGGCUGCAGGCACUCAAAUUUAUUCGUGCAUUCACAGACGUGCCGCAGGGAGUGGCAGAAAUCAGCAUUGGAGUCGUGCGAGCUAUUGUCGCUGUUGCAGAACAGACUGAUGACAGGCUACGUGUGGCGGCUUUAGAGACAUUGGCUGAGCUGCUGGUUCUAGAUUCACAUCUGGUGCAUAGAGCAGGAGGAGUGCGCCCAUUGCUGGCGCUGUGUGUGGAGGGCCCGUUUGAGCUUGCAGCUCUAGCUACCAGAGUUCUUCUCUAUACUCUUGACUCACCAACCACGCGUCACGUCUUGCAAGGAGGUAAGGAUCUGGAGUUUCUAGUGUCCGUGCUCACUGAGGUGCAGCAGAAGGGUCACGUGAAUCCAGAGACGUUGCGUAACUCGUGCAUGGUCAUUGGUGUGGUUUUGUCGUCCUGGGCAGGUCUCAUGUCUUCAGAAGGAAGUUCGUUGGUGCGAGCUUUGAUCCAGUGCUUGGCCCUGCCGCUGCCUCUUCUUCGAGACAUUGUUUUGUCGCUUCUGUUUGAUUUGUUUCGCUUAGAAGCCCCCUUUUGGUCUCAUAGCUUUGUGGCAGGCAAGAAGCUCACUUCUCAUGGCAAAAUCGAACCCAAGGCUAACAACCGGAGGCGCCCACGGUACAUUAACCACUUUCUCGCGUUACUUCUGACCGUCUUCUUCAAGGAGGGGCUUCUCAGGGAGCUCCAGCAGGUUAUUACCACCAAGGAAGACGAAACCAGUACUCGAAAGGCUCUCCUUCUAGUGUCUGAGCUUCACAAACUGGCUGGAGAAGUGCUCCCACGUGAGCUCUUGAGCGAGAUCGAACGACUAGAAACACUGGUUAUUUCAGCCCAGGUCCAGUCGUCUUCGGGACCCAACGCUGCUGCUGCAAACGCCAUUUGUGCCAUUCAUCGCAUUGAUGCCAUUUCGCGUAACCAGCAUAAAACCGCGGCGCUCAACUCGUCCACUACCGUCAAGGUGCAGAUGGGUGUGCAGAUUGAUGAUGCUCACUUCCGGCAGCUCAUCACAGACACAAGAGUGCUGCAGACAAAAAACUACACCAAAUGGAACUGGAACGUACUGUUGGAGUUGAUUGAGGGCCCACUGCUGAACCCAAAGCGGCUGGAAGAAGUCACUAUCAAGCACUUUUCAAAGUUUGCAAAACGACUUAUGUCGUUCUACAGACCAUUCAAGUACCGGUUUUCGGCUAUCAAAAGGACCAAAUACAACCGGAAGUACGUGGAGACCGGUUGUGCUCUGCUUAAAACGUUGUUAGCCACCCAGGAGGGAGUUGACUACUUGACUGAAAACAAGUUACUACGGCAAAUGGGCGAGUGUCUGGCUCAAUUGGAUCCCAUGAGCGGAAUUAUUUCUCUGGAGCCUCUCUUCUCCGCCCAGAGACUCGAAUCCACACUUUCCUACGGCUACUUUGAGCUGUUGGGGACCCUUUCUCAAGACAAGAACGGUCUGGCUAUGAUGGAGCGAUGGAGAAUGUUCAACAUGCUGUAUCACUUGACAGACGUGCAUGAACGUCAGGAUCUCCUCAUUCUGAUCAUUGGUUCGCUAGAUUACACAAUUCCGAACCAUACCCGGAUCAUCCUCUCUAAGGCUCUCACUACAGGUCCUUCUCCCGUCAGACUGUUUGCCACCAAACGUCUGGGAUCUCUAUUGCAUGUGGGAGGCUACACUCAGCCUCAAUCUAGUCCCCACUGGGCCAUAUCUCUUCUUGUGGGCCAGCUUUAUGAUCCAGAUGUGGAGGUGUGCAAGCUUGCUGUUCAACUUUUGCAAGAGUAUUGCUCUGUGACUGAAAAUGUGCCACAUGUGGUCAAAUGUCGGCCUGCUCUUGAUCAUCUGGGUGCUGUUGGAGCUCCUCUGCUCUUGCGAUUUCUGUGCACCUCUUCAGGUUUCCAAUAUCUGCAAAAGAUGGAUUUCGUUGCUCUGGAGAUGGACAGCUGGUUCCACGGUCAGAAUGAGGCCUAUGUGGGUCGAAUCGAGUACUAUCUUGAGCAGUGCAUGGUCCCCUCAUUUGGCACUGUUCUCGAUCUACAAGAGAAGGACGCCAAGGACGAUGCUCUGGCAUCUCCUCCUCCUCAUUUCUACGGCGAGCUGGCCAUGACAGAAGAGGGCUGUCAACUGUUGCAGAAGCGUGGCCACUUUACAGAGUUUGCCGAUUUCAUUCGUGAACACGGCCUUACUGCCCAAGACAGAGACACAGUGCUCAAGCUUAAGGGUUGCUUGUGGGCUGUUGGCCAUGUAGGGGCUACGGAACUUGGAGCGCCGUUCCUGGAUCAGUCGGGAGUCGCAGUGGAUGUGGCUAACAUUGCAAAGCAUUCGCCAGUGUGGUCUCUCAAGGGCACCGCUUUCUACGUGCUUGGUUUGAUGGGUACUACGAACCUCGGUUCUGAGAUCAUCGACGAGUGUGGGUGGAACAGCACGCUUGACGUUUAUGGCAAUCCCAGGGGCUAUGCCUUGCCAUAUGAGUGGGAUGGGCUGUUUACGGAGAAAUCUACUGUUGUUCGUACGUCACAGACAGUGCCUCCCAUUCUGGAGUUGCCUAAGAUUUCGUCCGAUCCGAUCCGACGUAAAAUCAUGACGGCGCUGUCGAAUCUGAGUAAUCAUAUUCUGGCCAACGAUGCAUCGCGCACACUCAUCAAGCUGGACGCGAAGUACCACGACCGGUUCGACUCGCUUACGCUGUUUCUGGAGGUGGUAGAGCUGCUGGAGAUUUAUCGGUAUCGGCUUCCUCAGCGGCGAUUUAUCUUUGAGCUAUUUAACACCCCGAAGAUGCUGGAGAGGAACGCCCGACGGCAGAGAGAAAGAAAGAGACGAAGCCAGAGGGAUUAG